UAAGAUACUGUCCCAUCUUUUCUUCUAUAAACAGAACAAUCGGCGUACAAACACUUCUAGCAUCCCCCAACUCAAGAUCUUAUCUCAUCCCACCACUUCACGACGCUAGAUGGAAUCACGCCCUGUCUAACCAAAACAGCAUAUGCAAAAUCUUACACCAUCGUCUAAACCGGCGUGGUACAAAGCUGUCAUACCCCAUAUGUCUCUGGAGUGAGCAAUUAGGCCAAUCGACGCAGUUCCCAAACGUCACAAGAUCAGAUAUCUCCAGGAAUUCCGUGUGUUCAGGGCUCACAAGCUCACAAGCGCGCCCUAUUGUGCGAGUUUUUGCCCGUCGCACAAGCCUGCAAUGGAGGUGGUAUCUGACCUCGGCUUCGCCAAAGCUCUGUGCCAUAGCUUCUGUGUCUUGUUCGCAUGUGUCUUUCUGAUUCAAUUCGAAACGGCCGCUUCAUGGGACACACCCGCCACGGCGCCAGCCUUCGUUCCGAGCCUGCUGGCGCCGGAGGAGCUUAACGGAUAAAGGAGGAGCCUCACCAUUCGCCCGGAUCAGCUAACAGAAAUUGUUAAGGCGGGUUGUGUAUUCCAAAUAUCUGUCAACCGUCUUUGGUUAGCAGUCACAUGAGAAGCUAUCAAAUGCCUUGACAGAACUCUAAUAAGACUUU